CCUUGUUCAUGUCCUCGGCAGUUUACCGAGAGAACAAGGGACCUAAGCGCCAAACAAGAACACAUGAACAACGGGAUUGUUAACACUUGGGUUUUGAAAGUCCAAGAGACAAGAUGCAUACAUAUACUCCGCAACUCGAGUAACUUUUCAAAACAUACUACCGACCCAACCACUGCCCACCAUGCCCACCAUAAGCACCGAAGCCAACCUCGACCUCCUCCACUCUAUCUACAAUGUCCCCUCCUUCUCGCUAAUCCUCCGCCACUUCCGCGACACCUGUCCCCGCUCCACUUACGUCUGUCAUGCUUGUCGAAGUGUCAUCCUCCACAAGUUGGUCCUCGGCGCCUCCCAUCCUUCCCUGUGCAACAAGCUGGGCCUCAUCCCCUUAUUCAAAAUGCUGCAAGAAGAAGGACUAACCGCCUCCAGCAACUAUGGCCUCGACAAGUCUGAUCGCAGAGUACCCAAGCCCGAAGCCAUUGAUUACAUGACAGCACUUGGCCCACCAGAAGUAUGGCAUAAGGUGUUGACCGCUGGAUGGGGGGGUUUUUUGGUCAACUAUCUUGUCGUCCAAAAAGGUCCGGGAUACUCAACUGAAGAGCUGGAGGACAUGGGAAGGAAAGAGCUAGGCAGCCUGAUGAGCAAGCUUAUCUUUCUCUGCAGCGGAACGUACACCGUCCUGGACCUGUUCCACAACCGCAGAUUUGACCAGUUUGCCGAGUGGACAGCUGAAUUACUGGCAAACCUUGAGUGCCCAACCGGUGCGUGCAAGGCAUUGCAGUGGCAGGAGCUGGCGGGCAGGAACCGGCACGGGGUGUCGGGAUCCGUCAAGUCGCUGGACGGCGAGGACGCCAUUGUUUUUGCGAAAAUCGUCUUGUUUUCGGUCAGAUCGCUGUUGGACCCUCAAAUUCGUAAUGUUAUCGACAAACACCCCGGUCUGGUACCGCAUCUCGAGAAGGACUUUGAUCCGAGAGUGGUGAUGCCGUCGGCGGCGAGGAGGUACGCAUGGAGGCCUCAACGACUCGUUGAGAUGGCCGUUAGAGAUGCUAGUGGAUUAUUCGAUGAGGCCAGGGAGAAGGGGUACUUUGAUAUUUUGAUCGAGGAGGGUAGGGAGAGAUGGAGAGCGGCGAAGAAUUUGGCGAAGAAGGAAGAGGAGGAGGAGGCUUACGAACCCUACUACUAGUAGGUGGACCUCCUUUCUUACACGGCUUUUUCCACAAAUUGUUUCUUUGUGUCACCUUUUGGUUUCGGCUUGCAAUUUUUGGUUUCUUGAUUUUAUGUCCAAGUUUCUUUGAUGGUAGAGGUAAGUAAGUGCGAGAAUUCACCAUUUGAAGGGGUCGCUUCCAUGUCGGGAGUUGUCGAUAGGUAGAGAGAGAUAGUGAUAAUACUAUAAUGGUCACCUGGAGAAAUUAUGGUGCGUUUGAAAGAUUUUUGAUUGCAACUGAGAUAUGUCAAUCAAUCAACGAUGAAGUGUGAUGCACUGCAAUUGCGGGUGAAUGGGCGGUAGGUACCUCUACCUAGAUCCUUAUAUGGCGAGAUUGUACGACUGGAACUGCUGCGUUCCACCGGCUUAGGAAGGAAGGGAGCUGCCGAGCCCCGCAAAGCAGCCACCUGCCUUACAAUCUCGGCAAAGGGAAGCCCAAGACGUCUACAAACUGUUGAAAGAACAUGGGACAAACCCA